AUGAAUAAUCCAGCAUGUGAGACACAUCUCACCUUGUCCCUGUUGGCAGUAGCGUUGCUCUCGUCAUUGGGAAGCUCUCUGCUUUAUGGUUAUAAUCUGGCUGUGGUUAAUUCUCCUGCGCUAUACAUUAAGGACUUUUAUAACCAAACCAUUGUGAGACGUUAUGGGUCAGGAGUGGAUGAAGAGCAUCUUACGCUUUUCUAUUCAAUCACUGUGUCUAUAUUUGCCAUUGGAGGCUUGCUGGGCUCUCUCACAGUAGGAAUACAGGUUACCACAUUUGGAAGGAAAGGGACGCUGAUACGCAGCACAGUUCUGGUGUUUGUAGGUGGAGGGUUGAUGGGCUUCAGUCGGUUAUGUGGCUCACCAGAAAUGAUUAUUAUCGGUCGCUUCAUUACAGGAAUACAUUCAGGGAUAUCUCUCAGCGUGGUGCCCAUGAUGUUUCUUGGAGAAAUGGCUCCAAAGAAUCUCCGUGGAUUCCUGGGACUCAUGCCCAGCAUUUUCAUCUGUUUGGGUGUAUUUAUUGCUCAGGUUCUGGGGCUUCAUGAGAUCUUAGGCAAGGAAGAGUUCUGGCCUCUGUUACUCUCUCUUGUCAUAUUGCCCACAUUCAUACAGCUCGUCUUCUUGUCAUGGUUCCCAGAGAGUCCAAGAUAUCUUUUGAUAGAAAAGCAGAACAUUCAUGCCACAAUCACAGCAUUGAAGUGGUAUCGUGUUAAGUGUAACAUCCAGGCUGAGGUGGAGGAGAUGCAGGAAGAGCAGCGAACUUUGACCUCAGUGAAGACGGUCUCAGUAUUACAGCUCUUCAAGGAUUCGUCCGUGCGCUGGCAACUUAUCACCAUCAUUGUAGUCAAUGCGGGAAUGCAGCUGUCGGGAAUCGAUGCGAUCUGGUUCUACACCAAUUCAAUCUUUGAGAAUGCCGGCAUUCCUGCUCAUCAGAUCCAGUAUACAACAGUAGGCACAGGAGCUAUAGAAGUCAUCGCUGGACUCAUAGGUUGCUUCACUAUUGAGCGUGUUGGCAGGAGGCCGCUAAUGAUUGCUGGUUUUAGUUUUAUGUGCAUUUGUUGUGCUGGAAUUACUUUUUCACUUCAGUUACAGACUCAUGUGUCCUUCAUGCAUUAUAUCAGUGUGAUCUGUGUGGUUGGGAUUAUUGCUGGAUUCUGUAUAGGGCCUGCCGGUGUCUCAUUAUUGUUGACAGGAGAGCUCUUUAAACAGUCUCAUCGACCUGCUGCCUACAUUGUAGGAGGAUUUCUUAACUGGAUAUCAAACUUCACUGUGGGCUUUGUAUUUCCAUUCCUACAGAUGUCUGCUGGUGCUUUCUGUUAUCUGGUGUUUUGUGGUGUUUGUGUUGGCGUGGCGCUCUAUGUCUACUUCAUUGUCCCUGAGACAAAGAACAAAACUUUUGUGGAGAUCAGUCAGAUGUUUGCCUUAAAAAAUAGAUGUGAAAUUGAAAAAGAGCCCCUGGCUAUCGCUGACCAACUCAGUCUUAAAAAGAUGAAUGGAUAUGGAAGUGUUGUGUCUGCAGAUCUGGAGAAAUCGUCUUGAUGUUGUACGCUGUGAUCUGAUGCUGCUAAAUACUGCUGCUCACAGUGCCAUCAAAAUCUGAGAUUAUUUUUGUUAUGCUUUCAAAUAUAUUACUCAAUUGUUUAAAAUAGUUUUUAACUUAAUUUACAUAAAAAAAAUGUUUACAGCCUGAUACAAAAAUUGUUUUUGGUAUGUAUUUAAUUUCAUGACAACUGUGAGGGGGUGAGUUUUUUGUGACUCAUCUGUUUAAAUGAUAUUAAACCUUAAAGUUCUGCAUAAUUAAGGGCGUGGCCACUUGAGUGACAGUUGAACAGCCACUGCUGUCACUAGAGUCAAGCUUGGCAGGUGUGGUUUCAGCAACCAGCCAGCUCAGCUUCACCCAUGUCCUGCCUCUUUACCCAUUUUGGCUGCAAGUGAUGUGCGGUGACGCGCUGUCAAGAUGGCGACGGCUUUAAAAAUGCUCUUAUGGGUGACGUCACGGAUGUCCAUCUUUUUUACUAUGUUUUACUUGUAUAUGUUAUGAAAGGGAAAUUAAGACAAUCACUAGACUACUUACAUGAAUUUCCUGCAUUUAUUCUGUUAAACACAAAAUGAAGAUAUUUCACAUAGUAGAAACAACAAAUAUGGAAGUCAUUGAGUACUGUCAGUGUCAACUGAGGAAAUGAUGACAGAGUUGGGUGAACUGUCCCUUUAAAAGUGUUACUGACCAAUUACAAUCAACUUUUAUGUGUAUUUUUAUUUUAAUAAAUCUUUAUUUAACCAAGAACUCCCCAUUUCCUUUUGAGGGAGACUUGGAUGAAAAAUACACACCAUUACACAGACAAAAAAAAACUAUUCAGAACAAAAUUGAGGUUCACUAAAUACCGAAAUGUCAUGUAAAUUAUUUAUACAAAACACAGCCUGAAAAUAGCAAUAACACACACACAGAUAAACAUCUUUAUAAGCUUAAAAAUUUUAAUAAGUGCCUUUAAUUCUCCCAUGAUAAUAAAAUGAUCAAAUGUAAAAUGUAAACUGAACAAAUGC